AUGGGUAAGGAGAAGACGCAUAUCAACGUCGUCGUCAUCGGCCACGUCGACUCUGGCAAGUCGACGACCACCGGACACUUGAUCUACAAGUGCGGUGGUAUUGACUCGCGUACCAUUGAGAAGUUCGAGAAGGAAGCCGCCGAACUCGGCAAGGGCUCCUUCAAGUACGCUUGGGUGCUCGACAAGCUAAAGGCCGAGCGUGAGCGUGGUAUCACCAUCGACAUUGCCCUCUGGAAGUUCGAGACUCAGAAGUACUAUGUCACCGUCAUCGAUGCCCCUGGUCACCGUGAUUUCAUCAAGAACAUGAUCACUGGUACCUCCCAGGCCGACUGCGCUAUCCUUAUUAUUGCCGCUGGUACUGGUGAGUUCGAGGCCGGUAUCUCCAAGGAUGGCCAGACUCGUGAGCACGCUCUUCUCGCCUACACUCUCGGUGUCCGACAGAUCAUCGUCGCUAUCAACAAGAUGGACACCGCCAAGUGGAGCGAGGACCGUUACAAGGAGAUUGUCAAGGAGACCUCCAACUUCAUCAAGAAGGUCGGCUACAACCCCAAGCACGUCCCCUUCGUCCCAAUCUCUGGCUUCUACGGCGACAACAUGAUUGACUCGUCCGCCAACUGCCCGUGGUACAAGGGCUGGGAGAAGGAGACCAAAACUAAGGUCACCGGCAAGACCCUCCUUGAGGCUAUCGACAACAUCGACCCCCCGUCCCGUCCUUCCGACAAGCCCCUUCGUCUGCCUCUCCAGGAUGUGUACAAGAUUGGUGGUAUUGGCACUGUCCCUGUCGGCCGUGUCGAGACCGGUAUCAUCAAGGCUGGUAUGGUCGUCACCUUUGCUCCGGCUGGUGUGACCACUGAAGUCAAGUCUGUCGAGAUGCACCACGAACAGCUUGUCCAGGGUGUUCCCGGCGACAACGUCGGCUUCAACGUCAAGAACGUUUCCGUCAAGGAGAUCCGUCGUGGCAACGUCGCCGGCGACUCCAAGAACGACCCGCCCAAGGGUGCUGAGUCCUUCAACGCCCAGGUCAUCGUCCUUAACCACCCCGGCCAGGUUGGUGCUGGUUACGCUCCUGUCCUCGACUGCCACACCGCCCACAUCGCCUGCAAGUUCUCCGAGCUUCUCGAGAAGAUCGACCGCCGAACUGGCAAGUCUGUUGAGAACAGCCCCAAGUUCAUCAAGUCUGGUGACGCCGCUAUCGUCAAGAUGAUUCCGUCAAAGCCCAUGUGCGUUGAGGCUUUCACUGAGUAUCCUCCUCUCGGCCGUUUCGCCGUCCGCGACAUGCGUCAAACCGUUGCUGUCGGUGUCAUUAAGUCAGUCGUCAAGGCCGAGAAGGGUGCCGGCAAGGUCACCAAGGCCGCCCUGAAGGCCUCCAAGAAAUAA